GAGCCCAGCAGCACCAUGCUUAGCGUUGGAGCCUGGGUUGACUUCACCACCACUGUUCGCGCGAUAUAAGAGGGGUUGAACUCCCCACUUCUUCGUUCAGUCCCGCCUCACGACCUGGGUAGGAAGACUCAGCUCAAGAUAGCAAGUCUACUUCGUGCACCAGCAAAAUGAAUCCCUCGACUCCUCGACCGUCGACGCCUCCACGACGUACCGGCCUGCUGACUCCGCCUUCGACUGGUGGUCUUCGCAAGCGAGAGCUGUUUGUAGUGCCACAAGAAUCUCCUACCAACCCUAGACGCCAAAACAAGAGCCACGUCCACGAAGGAGAGUUGUUGGGUGAGUAUUUCAAAGACUUGAACGAAGGGUCAGACGCUCACGAGUGCUCAGCUGGAGACUUUGCCACGUCGGCGUCAUCAACUACUCCUGGUGCUGCGCGCUUUGAGGGUCCCAAAGCCCAGAGUGCUUCCACCACCACCUUCGUCGCUGUCUUGCCGUCUGGGCCAUUCCCUUUUCUAAAGUUGCCACUAUCUGUUCGUAACAUGAUCUACGGGCACCUCUUGGUCAUUCCGGCAAUCAUCUGCGUGCGCCAAAAGCAUACGGUAUACCACGACGAGAAGAAGGCCUUCUUAUACGCUGAGCGGCGUGAGCUCCUGCCCGGCAUUGCCUUCGAUCUCGCCCAGACCAAGGUUGACGGUUUUAAAACCCACUUCUCUCGAUUCGCAAACAUCAACCUGAAUAUCCUUCGUGCAAGCAAAGAGAUCUUCAGCGAGGCACGAGCUGUCAUGUACAGCAAGAAUGAGUUUGAAGUUGUGAAGCCCAGCAAUGAGCAAACCCCAGAGCCUGACUUUAGCAUACCGUUGUUCCCGCCAGGCUACCAGCGCCUCGUUAUCAGACUUAACAUCCGCGUACGCACCUUCUACGACCUUGACUGGCUGCUCAGUGGGGGCUAUAACGUUAUGCGAAACUACUACCGAGGUCUCGAUACCCUAACCCUCAUACUGGAGAUGGACUCAGCGACCAAGGGUUUCGGCCGUAAAUGGAGCAGGAAGAAGAGCGAGAACUGGGUCACGUACAUCAAGCGACUGCAACGUGACCUCGCUGAUGAUCUCUUCGACGGAGUCAAACCCAGGGACAGGACGAUCCCAACGUGCCUCAAUCUGCGAGUCCUCUUCAGUGGCAAGACGUAUGAUGGCAGCUCAGGCGCCUUGACCGAAUUCACUGGUAUUUCCAUAACUGACAGCACCAAGAUCGAGCAAUCCAAGCAUGAGGAGCUCAGAAAUGCUCUGGUGGAGUCUUGGGAGCUGUUGAAGAAGGGCGGACGGUAGUCUGCGGUCUUCAGGUCUUCUCAUCGAAACACUAAACACGCUCAGAUCUAUCGGAUCUCAAUGGUCUCGACCAGCUUUCACGCGCCGUUCUUUUCGAUACGAUAUCACGCCCUUUCUGUUCUUUGCGUUGCCUAAGCAAACACGGAUUCGGGUCAUGGAGGCAUUCGCGAUUUUGACGUUGCAAUUAUGAUUUGCCGGUUGGUACAUGCAGGUCACUGUUUGCAGAAGGAGCGGAAGGAAGUAGACCCUGGUGUCAAACCACGUCUACACCGAUCAGGAGGGCAUUGAACCAACGACAUGCUGCAUUAUAGUCGACAACAGUUUGAAAACUUUUGGUCACUUUUGAGCUAGAUAGAACAUUAC